AUGUCAUCCUCAUUGCAACUAAAAGUGGGAGAAGUGUACAUACCAGAAGAUGCAGAUUUCAAACAUUUCAAGUCUAUAUGUGAAGAGACUGAAGGGUGGAAGCUGGAAGUCAACAAAAAUCAAACCAUAGUUUGGACUAAAAAAAAUGAUCUUUCAGAUUUCCAGAUGGUGAAGGUGCGGGGCAUCUUCACUGAUAUAGAUGCUGCUACAUUGUACGAUGUACUUCAUGAUCCUGAGUUCAGAAAAACCUGGGACCCAGCAAUGCUAGAAGGUUCCGAAAUCUGCGCCAUUAAUCCAAACAACGAUAUAGGAUACUAUGCACUUCGAUGUCCUCCACCAUUAAAGAACAGAGAUUUUGUCACUCAAAGAUCUUGGCUAGACACUGGCAAUGAGAAGAUGAUCAUCAACCACUCAGUGAACCACAGUGCAAGGCCGCCAACGAAAGGAGUGAUCAGAGGAAUAUCCUACUUAACUGGGUAUUACAUUGUCAAGCUUGAUGACAACAAAAUACAGCUCACAUACGUCACACAGUCUGACCCUAAGGGUAACCUUCCAGCAUGGGUUAUGAACAAAUUGACAAGAAUGUUUGCACCAAAGGUCAUCAAUCGAAUUUACAAAGCUGCCAAAAACUACAGUAGUUGGAAAGCCAAGAACCGUCCCGAGUACAAGCCUUGGCUGUACCCAGAACAGAUGAUGACUUGUCUACCCAGAUACACUGCAACUGAUGUCAGCAACGAGAAACUCAGUGCUUCUAGCGAUUCUUUGGAAGACGACAACUUCAACGAAGCAGACUUCCAAGAUGAAGACUAUUAG